AUGGCGGAUGCGGAAGAUAAGGCGAAAGCUGAGAAGCUUGCCGCUGCUAAGAAACGGGUCGCGCAGUUGCAAAAACAGCAAGCGAAGGCUAGGAAGAAAGGUACCGGGGCAGGUGAACAAGACAAAAAGGGCGAAGCGGCGUCGGCGUUGACGAAAACGGACGAGACGGAGACUCCUCCCUCCGCCUCUUCUCCUCCACCAGUUCGGGAGGAAGACCAACAGCAACAAGAACAAGAAGAACCCUCAUCCCAAUCGCCCAUUGCUCCUCUCGCGCCGGAAUCCGACGAAACCCCAGAACCAGAACCCCCUGCCCCGGUACCCACAAAAGAAGUGACCACUGGUGAAUCCCCUUCCACACGAACCCCACACGCCCGCAAACAAUCCCUAUCCGUUCAAUCCAAACUUCGCUCCUCCGACUUCCGCCGCACGUCCGUCAGCCAGCAGACCGGUGCUCAACCAGUCGCCCCAUCCUCCAAUGUCAAAUCACCCACGUUACCUCCUCUCAAUCCUGAUGGCGAUGCAGUGCCUGAGGUAUUUAGGAAGCAGGCGCUGCGACUUGAGGAGUUGGAGCGGGAGAAUAGACGGCUUGAAAGGGAGCUGGAGGAAGCCGGUGCCCGGUGGAAGAAGUCAGAGGAAAAGCUGGAGGAUUUAGGAGAUGCGAGGGUGGAGUUGGUUGAGGUACAGGAUCGGUUAGGGAGAGCGGAGAAGAGGGCGGAGGAGGUGGAGAGGCUGAAAGCGGAAAUCACAGUGCUACAACGGCAAAAUGCGCAACUGCAUAGCAAAUCACGGACGAAUAGCGGAGCUCCUGGGAAUUCAGAGUCGCCUCAGUCAGCUUUGCUCGCUCAAUUGGAUUCUAAAUCAGCGACGAUUGAAGCCAUGGAAUUAGAAAUAUCGAACUUGCGCGCCCAGCUUAAUUCUCAAUCAUCGACUUCGUCUGCUAGUCGGGAACAGAUAUCUGCUUUGGAAGACAAGCUCGCUCGGAGCGAAGCAGCACUGGAGGCAACUCAGCGCGAGCUCACAGAUACCAAACACUCCCUCAACCGUGCAGCAGAGAAAGCUGUAAAGGAAGGAGUCGAAAAAACCUCCACGGAAACUUUAAUUAAGAAUCUACAACGACAACUUGAAGAAGCAGAAGCCGCAAAAACAGAAGCGUAUAAAAAGAUCGAAACGCUCGAGAAAAAGCUCCAGGCCCUCGGCAAUCUCCACAAGGAAUCUGAAAACAGGAACAACGUCCGUAUCCGUGAACGGGAUAAAUUCGAAAAAGACGCAGCGAUGCUCAAGCGCAAGCUCGUCACAAUCGAAAACGAGAACCUGCGACUCCGAGAAGAGCGCGAUCGCAUGCGGAAACGCGAGGCAAGCAACGUUGGAGACGAGGAUGUCCUCGACGAGCUCGAGGACGAGGAGCGACAGCGGCUCGAGAGACGCGUGCGCGAGCUUGAGGGUGAAAAUUUCGAUCUGCGCCGCGGUAUCUGGAAGGAGAGGAAACGCGAGCUGUCAGAGGCUGGACACCAUCGGGAGGGCGACGGCGCGGACGACGGCUAUCGUGUUGGCAGCCCGUCCUCUGCUAGUGCCGGUGCCUUCGAUGAUAUAGAUCUCGUCGGCGGGGUUGCUGGCAGUGGACCCGAGCACGCCCGUCGCAAGGCUUCUCAGCAGCAGCAGAAACAUUCAUCGUUCACUACCGUGCUCUCAAGCGGCCUUGCAGCCUUCAGGGGAGACUCGGGUAGUCCAGUGGGGCAUCAUGGACGCCGUAGCCGAGCUGGAUCGACUAGGAGUGGUACAGGAUUCUCGCGUCAUCAGCUUCUGUCAGAGAAGUUGGGCGAUGAUGACGAUGGCGAUUGGGAUGAUGGGGAUUUUGAUCCGGCUGCAUAUGCGGCUGCCCAGGCGGCUGAGGAGAAGAAGGUGCGGGACGAACGGGUUAAGGAGAUCCAUAGGACAUUGAAGAAUUGGAAAGGGUGGAGGUUGGAUUUGGUGGAGUCGAGGUAUGGAGCCCAGGGGGCCGGAGUGGGACUUGGUGAGAUUUUUGAGGUUUGAAUGCCUUAAGGUUUCAGGUAUUUGUUGGAUGUUGGAUGUUGGCUGGUGGUUGUUGGGUCGGGUUUUUAUCCAGGGUUUUUUUGUUUUGUUUCCUAUUGUUUUGUGAUACUAGUGGAAUGGCGUGGCUUGGAUGGUCAAAGGGUUCCCUUACUUCUCGCUGUCUGUAUACUAUUGUUUGGCUAUAACUAUAACCCCUAACAAC